ACAGCUCUACCUCAAAGGAUAUGCUCCUGUGACACCGCUGAUGCAGCAGUCUCUGCCGUUAUGAUCUUCACGUUCCGGUGCUAACAUGCAAACAUUGCAACCAGAAAUGGGCUCCAGAAGUCAGUGACUUUGUAAAGAGUGGUUACUGGCCCGCUACCAUGCAGGCACAGACACUGUUCCACCAAGAUCUCUUCCAUUCCUUUGAGGCUAUGAAGACAGCAGCUCCAGGAAUGUCCAGACAAGCCUUUACAGCAAUGUUGGACCAGAGAACAAAGCAAUAUGGAAGAACUGGCAAAGUGAAUGCAGAUGCAUUUCAGAGAAGUUUUCUGCAAUUUGUGUACUGCAACUAUGAAGAGAACCAACUUCUUGGAAAAGAGCCAUUGGUCUGUCCAGCCUGUAGCCCUGAAAUGGUGGCUGUUUCUGUGGAUGGCAACAGAAAGUUGUACAGGUUCCAGAAAACAAACCAACUGCAGGAAAAGCGAUGUGUGGUGACUCCCAAUGGAAUGCAGCAAGAGAGACUUCAAAGCGGGCCAACAAGUUGGAUGAAGAAGGUGUGGAAAUUGCUGUGUGUAGACAUGGAUUUCUUCUCAAAGGUCUGAAUAUGUAUAGAGGAGAAAUCUUUGCAUAUCCAAUUUUUCUCCAAAAAGAGUUCCAGAGUGCUACAUUUUUGGCCAUGGAUGUGACCUGCCGAUAUGUGCCAUACUUGACAAAAGUGUCAGAGGCCCUGCCUCAUCUUCAACCCCUUCAGGAAAUGAGGCAUUGCUUGUCUGUGAUGCAUGCCAAAGCCCACAAUACAAAAUGCGAGAUUCUGUGGACUGCAAGGAACCAGGAGGGUGCCGGCACCACUCUUGGUGAAGAAGUUGAGAAAGUGAAUAGUUUUCUCUCCAGAUGUGCCCUUACCACCAAGUAUAUGGCCAAGUCAGUAAGAACUGACAUGCUGACUGUCCAUGCUAUGGGGUGGAAUGAACGGAAAGAGAAUGGCCUCCAUAUAGCCUUGUCUUCCAGAUUCAAGAAGACAGUAGAGAAGACUGUGGAUGUAGCUGAGAGCCUGAAGACAAUGCAGGAGCAGUUGCAUUGCUGUGAUGACAUGCUGAAACAAUGGGUUGUUGAUGUCAAGCAGUGGGCCAGUAGCAGAAGUGCAGCACCUGGUCCUGUUGAUGCUCAAAGUUUGCAGAUCACAAUCGAAGCACUCUUUGUGAGCAUUUGUCAGAAAAAGCACUACCUUUACAGACAGAAUGAUCGCAACAAAAGGAGACAGAAAAUAACUCAAAAGAUAGCCCAGGAAAAGAAACGGUUGCUGGAAGACAUCCAGAGAUACAACCAACAGCCUGAUGGUGACCUUGUGGACACAGACUUAGUUGUGCAGAAACUCUCUAACAAAGCUGCAGAGAGCAUGAUCUGGCCUUGGCAGGAACAGAACACAGACGGUGUGGACAUCCUCACAAAGAAGAAGCUCUUUGACCACGUAAUGCUUGCCUCACGACUGAAAGAGGAAAAGCAGAUCCUUGUGAAGGAGAUGCUGCAGCACUGCCAGUACCUCAAGGACUCAGUGGCAAAGGUCCAGACACUUAUGGGCACUGUUUUAGUGAGCACACAGACAGGAAGCUUGCCAAAUGGAUUAACCGAGGAGGGGUCCAAGGGCCUCAUCAGUGCACUAAAGAGAAGACUGCAAGACCUGAGACUCCAACAGCAGACCAUAGCAGGCACCUACAGAUGCACUCUCAAACCAAGUAACAGACUGGUGGAAGAGGAGGACAGGGAAAUGGAGGAAGACAUGGACUGGCAACGUGGCAACAGCUCGGAUGAUGAUGAUAGUGAUGAGGAGGAGGAUGCAGAGAAUUGAACUCAAGUCACUUGGAUUUGAAUCACUCAGUCACAGCUGUAAUCGCCUGAGACCUAACUUGAUAUACUGUGAUGUAUACUAUGUGUUCUCUCCCUUUGAUCUCUACCUGUAAUGGCCCAGGCGAGUCAAUUGCAACAGAGGCUGCCUCCAGAGCAUGACUGCAGCAGAGCACAGAGCAUUAUUUGUAAAUGAGUGGUAGAACAUAACACUUAACUUAUAACAUGGGUGAGUUGGUGACCUAGCUAACGUUUUCGGGUUU